AUGCAGGAGCUGCAGGAAGUUACACAGCAGUAUCUUAGAUGCGCUGAUCCAGUGGAAGCAGCUGCCAGACGCCUGCGAGUUCUCACUGGAGAUGCUGAGGGUUUGAUGGAUAAAACAGCCAACUCCAUCCUGGCGGCAACAGAGGAGCAGAGACGUCCUUUAUCACCCUGGGAACUUGGAAUCAAAUCAGUCAGCCCUCCAGGAAUAGACUUUGAUGCAGCCAUGCAACCGUCAGAUGUGGAAAUCACUCCCCCACCGCCUCCCCGCGCUUCUGAAUUCCACUACACGGUCAUAGAGCCAUCCACCAGUCAUACUGCUCUUUCAAAAGAGACAGGACCAGCAAGACUAAGAUCCCUUAUAGUCCCCGUCGAAACUCAAAGAACUGCAAAUGAGAAUACCCAAGAGUUAGUGGUGAUAGCAGACGAUGAGGAGACUUUACAAAGCUUCCAGAGUAAGGUAAAAUCAAAAGAACCGAAACUACCAAGAGCGAGGUCUCCAAGACAAACCCCUAACAUCCUCAGAGGAGCUAGCUCAAAGAAGAGGAAGCUAUCCCAGCUCCAACGCUCUCCGUGCAAUGCAAGCAAGAACCAUCACGGUUUAUCCACAAAACAGUCUGUGGGAUCAGCCUCAGAGACUGCUGGAGGAAGUACGGAUGGAGUAGCAACCUUAUCAGGAAUCAACCCUGCAAUUUGUCUAAUCCCUGCAAUGAAGAAGCAGAGGCAUACAGGUCAGGCGUCAUCCCCCAAACAGACUACCACUAAGCAAACAUCAGAAGUUAGAGGACCUUCGAGAAAGACACCUACGGUACCGACAAGAAACCCUGCUGUGGGAUCCAAAAAGAAGCAGGAUUUUCGGUCACUCCAGCGCCUCAAAGAGCUCCGCAGAAAGAAAGCUCCAGAUAUCAUCUUCCUGUUGGAGUCAAAAAAUACGGAGGAAAACAUUAGAAAAGAGCUCACUUGGCUUCAAGAAGAAAAUAACUACUUCGUUCCCCCACACUCCCCUGGAGGAGGAGGUCUAGUCCUAAGCUGGAAGAAAGAUGUGGAAGUAGAGGUCCUCUCUUCUUCCCAAAACUACAUUGAUACUAGGAUCUCUUCUAAAGGGAAAGUGUUCUUCUCUACAUUUGUCUACGGUGAACCGGAUCACACAAAGAGAAAUGCUGUCUGGCAAACGCUAUCUAACCUUCACCCCGAGCCUACAGGUCCAUGGUUCCUUACAGGGGACUUUAAUGAACUAAUAGACAACAGCGAGAAAAAAGGAGGCCCUAUUAGAGCAGAAGGCAAACGGGGAAGCCACUUAGUCAGAUGCCGUCUGGACCGCUCCCUGAGCAACCCGGAUUGGACCGAACUCUUCCCAUCCUGCCGUUGUCAGUAUCUCAACUAUGAGGGCUCAGACCAUCGUCCUAUCAUCUCCUAUCUGGAUACCACAAAACGGAAAGGACAUAACUUGUUCAGAUAUGAUAGGCGCCUCAAGGACAAUCAGGAAGUCAAAUCGUUAGUAUCUGAAAUCUGGCAAAAUUGCUCUUACCUUGGAGUGGAAGCAAGACUGGCUUUGUGUCGCCGAGCUAUCUGCAAGUGGAGCAAGAUGUUCUAUGAGAAUAGUAAGAAAAAGAUAGAGGAUCUUCGAGAAGAACUAGAAUCUCAAAUGUCUUGUGACGAUCCUAAUGAAGACAAAAUUCAAGAUCUAAACAAGAAUCUACUUCAAGCCUACCUAGCUGAGGAAGCCUAUUGGAAACAGCGUAGCAGGCAACUAUGGUUGACCCUAGGGGAUUCAAACUCUGGCUACUUCCAUGCAGUGACAAAAGCAAGGAAAGCGAAAAACAGGCUCACAGUGUUGGAAAACAAAGAUGGUGUACCCUUUUAUGAAGAACUGCAGAUCUCGAAACUUGUAUGCUCCUACUAUGAGGCACUCUUCACUGCCAGUCACAGAGGUUCUAUUAGCUCAAUUCUCGACAAAGCUAUUAAACCUUGCAUCUCUUCGGAUUGGAACGAAAAACUCACUAAGGAUCCAACGCCAUCAGAGAUCAAAGAUGCACUCUUUGACAUCCACGCUGAUAAGGCUCCUGGACCUGAUGGGUUUUCUGCCAGCUUCUUCCAGUCGAACUGGGACGUCAUAGGAGCCUCAGUUGUCUCUGAAAUCCAACACUUCUUUGCAACCGGAAUCAUGUCACCUACGUUAAACGAAACACACAUUAGGCUAAUCCCCAAGACACAUGGUGCAAAAAGAGUGGAAGAGUACAGACCGAUAGCGCUGUGUAACGUUUACUAUAAGGUGAUCUCUAAGCUCCUCUCCCUCCGUCUGAAGCCUGUGCUCAACUCGAUUAUCUCCGAAAAUCAAUCGGCCUUCAUCCCUGGAAGAGCAAUAACAGAUAAUGUUUUAAUAACUCAUGAAGUCCUGCAAUUCCUAAAGACAUCGCAAGCAAAGAAACAGUGCUCUAUGGCGGUAAAAAUGGAUAUGUCAAAAGCAUAUGACAGAGUGGAAUGGGACUUUGUUUCACAAGUCAUGACACAAAUGGGUUUUCAUCACAAGUGGAUUAAUUGGGUGAUGCAGUGCAUUACUUCUGUUUCCUAUUCUUUCCUAAUUAAUGACUCAGUCUACGGUUCCGUAAAGCCAUCUAGGGGAAUCAGACAGGGGGAUCCUAUUUCUCCUUACCUAUUCAUCCUCUGCGGGGAAGUGCUGUCGGGUUUGUGCAGAAAAGCGGAGCUAGAUGGCUCACUGAGAGGCCUCCGAGUAGCUCGUGGCAGUCCUAGAGUCAAUCAUCUUCUAUUCGCAGAUGACACCAUAAUGUUCUGCAACUCAUCACCAGAAUGCUGUCGCGCUCUCCAAGGGAUCCUACAAGAGUAUGAGGAAGCCAGUGGGCAGAAAGUCAAUAUUGCUAAAUCCUCGAUAACGUUUUCAGUUAAGACGCCACAAGAAACAAAAGACUCAGCAAAGGAGAUCCUAGGAAUUCAAAAGGAGGAGGGGGGGGGGGUAGGCAAAUAUCUAGGCCUCCCAGAACACUUUGGGAGAAGGAAGAAGGACUUGUUUACCUCUAUUGUAGACAGGAUCCGUCAGAGAGUUUCCAACUGGUCAACACGCUUCCUCUCACGAGCUGGGAAACUCACUAUGCUCAAGGCUGUGCUCACAGCAAUCCCCACCUACUCGAUGUCCUGUUUUUUACUUCCAGUGAGUCUCUGCAAUAGAAUACAAUCAACACUCACUCGCUUUUGGUGGGACAAUUCGACAGGAAAAAAGAAAAUGUGUUGGGUGGCGUGGCCAAAACUCACAAAACCCAAAUCCUCAGGAGGGCUGGGUUUGAGAGACAUCCAAUUAUUUAAUCAAGCGCUUCUAGCUAAAGUGGCAUGGAGAAUUCUUACCUCACCGAGCUGCCUUCUAGCCCGAGUUCUGAAAGGCAAGUAUUGCCACAAGAAGAGCUUCCUCGACGCCCAAGUCCCCUCCGUAUGCUCCCACGGUUGGAGAAGCAUCCUCCAUGGAAGAGACCUCCUGAAGGAUAAUCUGGGAAAAGCAAUCGGCAAUGGUCAGAGUACAAGAGUAUGGAAAGAUCCUUGGAUCUCCCUUGACUCACAAGUAAAGCCGUUUGGUCCGAUUCACGAAGCAAACUUGGAUCUAAGAGUAUCGGACCUCCUAACUGACGAUCUAAAAUGGAAUACAAGGAGGAUUGAUAGUAUCCUACCUGACUUCUCUCGACAGAUCCAGAGCCUACAACCUAGUAGAAAAGGAGCAGCGGAUAUCCAUAUCUGGCUACCACUCAAGUCAGGAGAGUACUCCACAAGAUCUGGCUACAACUCAAAGGUGGUCUCCCAGUUGUCUCCCCACCAAGUUCAAGUAGCCACGGGGACCCCUGAUCAAAAUUUCAGCUGGAUCAAAGACAUUUGGGCUCUUAAAUCAUCCCCAAAACUCAAGUUGUUCCUUUGGUCUAUAAUUCAAGGUGCCUUACCCGUUGGAUCGGAACUACAAAGAAGAGGAAUGAACGCGGCAGCGUUGUGCCCAAGAUGCAAGGCAGUGGAGACAACGAUACAUGUCUUCUGGCAAUGCCCAUACGCGAAGGAAGUUUGGAGUCUUCUCCCCAUCAAUCACUCAGCUCACCUAGCUGAUCUUGGUGAUUUCAAGGAUCUCUUAAUCCAUAACAGGAACACUAUCUGUCUCCCCCCUACAGGAGUGCGAGUCCCAAUCACCCCAUGGGUCUGCUGGCAGCUAUGGAAUGCUCGAAAUCGGCUAAUCUUCGAAGACAGAACCUCCAGCCCUAGAGAUACAGCAACAAAAAGUGUUUCUUCAGCUCUAGAAUGGGACCAAGCACAAGUGUAUAAGAUCAAAGAGCCAAGACAAAUCCCAGCUACCAGAAUCCGAAUCCCAAAUCGCGACGACACUCAUCGAACCGCCUCGUGCUUUGUCGACGCAGCGUGGGAUGGGAAAGCUCUAAGGGCAGGACUAGCGAGUUUGAUCACCACAGAUCCUUCAAUUGGCCCUAUCCCCGACAUGCAGACCAUGGAAGCGGUGUCAUCCCCUCUUAUGGCUGAGGCGCUAGCCCUCCGGCGCGGUAUGGAGAGAGCCUUAGAAGAAGAGAUCACCACCAUCAGAUUCUUCACGGAUUGCCAAACGCUCACUCGAGCUAUCGUCACAAAGAAACAGAUCAAAGAGAUCUACGGUGUUCUCCAAGAAAUCGAGUCUCUGUCUCUCCUGUUUUCUUCUAUCUCCGUUCAGUUCAUCCCCCGUUCACAGAACAGGGAGGCUGAUUUACUUUCGAAACAGACCCUUAAGGCCCGCUGUAGUUCUAUCUCUUCAUCUUCGUCUUUCAUCUUGUAG